CGGAGAUUACGUUGUUUUGGUUAUUAUGGUUUCUAGGUCUUAAUUACAACGUACAUGUGCACAUGUGUGUCGUUUAACAGAGUAAACGUCGUUAUUAAUUGUUAUUGUAUGCGGAUACAUUAGUCUGAGUGCACUUUGACGUGCUAGCCUAGCCUGCUGGUUAGCUUAGCUUGUUAGCUGCUAACAAAGAGAGGCGGAAGUGAUCGACACAUCAAAGCAGAGAUCCAAUACGUCUGUGAAGAACAUCUUCACCCUGAGCAACAGAAGUGGAGCUUCAGGAUGCAGACGGAGGAGCCACAGCACAACCUCAUUAAGAAGGAAAAGGAAUACCCACUGAUCCCCCAUUUUAAAAAUGAAGAGGAACACCCACUGAUCCCCCAUUUUAAAGAGGAAGAGGAGGACCCACUGACACCCCAUUUUAAAAAGGAAGCAGUGGAUCCACAGACCCCUCACAUUAAGGCGGAAGAGGAAUACCCACUGAUCCCCCAUUUUAAAAAUGAAGAGGAACACCAAUGGCUACCCUUUUUUAAAGAGGAGAUGGAGGAACCACUGACACCACAGUUUAAAAAGGAAGCGGUGGAUCCACUGAGCCCUCACAUUAAGGCGGAAGAGGAGGACCCACUGACCCCUCACAUUAAAGAGGAAGAGGAGGAACACAGCAUCAGUCAGCAGGGAGAGUGUCUUGAAGGACUGGAGGAGGUUGAUGUCACCAAGAUGCCAGUGACUGGUGUCCCUGUGAAGAGUGAAGGUGAUGAGGUGAAAGGUGAAAGUGAGGAGAGGGGAGGGGGGGAGCCUCCAAGCAGCAGCUCAACACAACACAUGACAACAGAAGCUGAUGGAGACCACUGUGGAGGAUCACAAGCAGACAAGCUCUUAGCUCCACUAUCAGAUAGUGAGGACACAACGUCACACUCUCCUGACACUGAUGAUGAAGACUCUAAAGAUGAUAAGACAUGUCACACUGACAACACUCACUUCACAUCUUCUCACUCUCACAAAACUUUUAAAUACCAAAGUCGUCUGAAAAGACACAUGAGAACACACACUGGAGGAAAACCUUUUUCAUGUUCAAUCUGUCGUAAAUGUUUUACUUUAAAGUACAAUUUCAAAGUACACAUGAGAAUACAUACUGGAGAAAAACCUUUUUCCUGCUCAGAAUGUGGUAAAAGUUUUGGAAAAAAUCAAAGUUUAAAAGUACACAUGAGAACACACACAGGAGAAAAACCGUUUUCCUGCUCAGAAUGUGGUAAAAGUUUUGUAAGAAAUGAACAUUUAAAUGUACACAUGAGAUCACACACUGGAGAAAAACCUUUUUCAUGUUCAAUCUGCGGUAAAGAUUUUACUCGAAGGGACCAUUUCAAAAAACACAUGAGAAUACACACUGGAGAACAACCUUUUUCAUGUUCAAUCUGCGGUAAAUAUUUUGCUCGAAAGAACUACUUGAAAAUACACAUGAGUACACACACUGGUGAAAAACCUUAUACUUGUUCAGUAUGUUGUAGAAGUUUUAUACAAAGUAUGCAUUUGAAAAGACACAUGAGAAUACACACUGGAGGAAAACCUUUUUCAUGUUCAAUCUGCAGUAAAGAUUUUACUCAAAUGCACCAUUUCAAAGCACACAUGACAAGACACACUGCAGACAAACCUUAAACAUGUUCAGUGUGUUGUAAAAGUUGUAUACAAAGUCCGUAUUUUGAAAAGACACAUGAGAACACACCCAGGAGAGAAAGUGUUGAGUUGCAGUGUGUGUGGUGAAAGAUUGUCUUCUAAGUACCAGUGUAAGAAACACAAGUGUGCUGGUGAGAACAGCAGCAGCAAAUGAAACUGCAGGAUUUGAAAUAAACUGUCCAGACUUUCAUUUUGACUU